GUGCGCGUUGCCGGGCAGUCAGCUGGCCGGGGGGCGGCGCGGGGUGGCGACGCUCGGUGCUCGCUCGCGUGCGUCCUGCCGGGUUCCGGGGGGAAGGUGCCAGCUCCGCCAUGGCCGAGACGAUCGCGGACACCCGGCGGCUGAUUAGCAAACCGCAGAACCUGAACGACGCCUACGGGCCGCCCAGCAACUUCCUGGAGAUCGACGUGGGCAACCCGCAGACGGUUGGGGUGGGCCGCGGUCGCUUCACUACCUACGAGAUCCGCGUCAAGACUAAUCUACCUAUCUUCAAAUUGAAAGAAUCUACAGUCAGAAGAAGAUACAGUGACUUUGAAUGGUUAAGGAAUGAACUAGAACGAGAAAGCAAGGUUGUGGUACCACCUCUACCAGGAAAAGCUUUACUCCGUCAGCUCCCCUUCCGAGGAGAUGAUGGCAUAUUUGAUGAUUCCUUCAUAGAGGAAAGGAAGCAGGCUCUUGAGCAAUUCAUAAACAAGGUUGCAGGCCACCCACUGGCACAGAAUGAGCGCUGUCUUCACAUGUUCUUACAAGAUGAAGUAAUAGACAAAAACUACACACCAUCCAAAAUAAGACAUACUUGAGUUCUGAAACCAUCUUCUCAAACAUUAGUGGUUCUUAUGCUUGGUUUUAAGAGGUUGUAGUUUGUCUUAGCAUGCUGAGGAUAAACAGGCACGAAGUCUCCACUAACAUGAGUACACUGCUUGGUCUUUGCAUAUGCUUUAUAGCAUUAAAGAACUCACUUGUCUUCUAGCUAAAUCCCUCUGAAUCCUUGAUUUAAGAGUAUUAUACUAUGAGACCAUCCACCCCUUGCAAUGUCUCACAAAACUUCCCACUCUUAUUUGCAAUGACUUAACAAUGUUUACUGACUUGGCCUUACUUGAACUUGCACAGUUGUAGUGUCAUGUGUUCACUUGUAUUUGACUAAACUGCUAUGCUGUUUCUGAGGUAGUCAUCUGUCUGAACUUCUGUAGAAAGACUGCUUUAUUUCUGAUACCCUGUGUGAGAAACACUUAUGCAAUUGUCUUCAAGCUUGUAAAACACUUUAUACUGAAGUAAUGAGGGAAUUAUCUUUAUAUUCUGUAAGAGGGAAAAAAUCAAAUUUAUAUACUAAAGUAACUUGUCUAAAGUUUUGAAAUAAAAGUGAAAAUGCACUUCAA